AUGGCUGCAGCUGUGCCAUCUGUGUCUGUACCUUUAUCAAACUCCAAAUUAUUCAAUUGGAUAAAGGCUGCACUGGCUGUGUUUUAUACUAAAGAAGAAAUAGAGCCAGUUGUUAUUGAUGAAGUCAAAGAUUUCCAACAGAACUGUCUACAUACUAUUUCCUCUGCAAAUAGCUUACUACCCGGAAGCACCUGUUCUAAGUGCUGUUCGGAAAAUCUGAUUGUUUGUCCAACAAACAGAAUUUGCAACGUAAAUCGUGGAAAAUGUUUGUAUCAUAAAAACUUUGCAACUAAGUAUCGUCCUUCUGGUUGCCCGUAUAAAAUUUGUCAUAAUCUAAAAUCUGAGAUUCAAAAAGCACAUCGAUAUCACGGUCCAUCGUAUAAAAAUACAGAUGCAACAAAAUGGUGCAGCAAUGCUUGGGAAAUUGCCAAGUGUUAUCUCCCGCCAGACGGAUACAAGGAUGCAUCGAGCGCUGGAGAGACUGAUUUUAAUGGCAUCAUUAGUAUCAUUAUUAAUCACAAAGGAUUUCAGGCGAAAAUAAAAGACGAUUUGUCCAAGAAAAAUAAUAUAUUUGACAAGGGUAGAGAUGUUGGUAAAGCUGUCAGACAUUCCCCUAAUCUGGAAGUUGAGGAUACAGAUCUAACACAGUAUUUUACCAUUUUAAACAACAUUUUGACUGAUCCUGGAUUCGUAGUUAUGAAUAAAUCACCAAACAAUGCAAUUCAGAAAUUGGCAAAGCUUCAAAGUGACGAUUUGAUCAUUGGAAAAGACGUUGUACGUAAAGUUUUGGACGAUGUAGGAAAAACAAUUCAGGAACAAAUAAGAAAUGAGAUGGAUGUGUACAAGCAGAAGACUGAAGAAAGAAAAUUAGAGCUAAUUAACAGUGUUAACUUGAAAAUAAAAGAUAUUGAAGAGAAGGGAAAUGUUUCACUUGCCCAGCUGAAAUCAUCCAUUGAUGCUAAGGUGAAAGAAUCUAUUCAAGAGAUAGACAGUCAGACAAGGAAAGGAAAGGAAACUCUUGAAAGUGUUACGAAUGAUGGCGUUCAAAAUGUCAACAAAGAAAAGGAAAAGGCAAUAAAGGAGAUACAAAAAGCUGCAGAAAAAUCAAGAGGAAACGAUGACAAUGCUAACAUCACCGAGGAUACUUAUCAAAAGAAUAAAAAAGCAAGAGGUAACGAUGAGGACACUUAUCAAAAGAAGAAAGAAGAGCUCAAAGAUGGUUUGAUUGAAUUCUACAAAACGAGACACAGUAAAGUUUUCCUGUCGCCCCUUUUCGAAGAAAAUGACACGCCUUUGGCUUCUUUCUACAUAAGACCUGAAUUGAACUUAAUAAUCUCAGCACCGACGAGAAAUGAUGAAAAAACACAAGUCAUUUCAUUAUUGGAGAUGUUUAAAUUCGGAAAACAAGCUAACCGAGAAAUACAUGUUAUUGCUGAUGCUGGUCUCGGAAAAACUGCAUUUUCAAACUAUCUGGCGAUCACGUGGUGUCAAGCUCAUUUUCCAGAGGAAGACAUGACUCAAUCUUUUGAAAAGGAUGAUAUAGACUGUAUGCAGGGAUUUGAUUUCUUGUUUCUGGUCUGUCUGCGAGAUUCUAACAAUUUAUGUUCUAUAGAUGAUAUUAUAUUUAAAACAAUUGUUUCAAAUUUGGGUCUACAUGAAAAGCCUUCCGAGAAUUUUCUCCUUACAAUUUUGAAAAAUGAAAAAUGCCUCGUUAUACUUGAUGGACUAGAUGAAUGGACUCACCCCGAAAAAGAAUGGACUCACCCCGAAAAGGAAUGUCACAGAUCGCCGCGAUCAAUCCCACAUAGGAAUGAUCGAGAAAAGUGUACAGUACUGACCACUACGCGACCAUGGAAAUUAGGAAUUUUAAAUCUAAAUUCGUGCCAAAUAGGAAAAAAGGUAGAACUUACAAAACUAAGUUACGAUUCAGCAGUCACACUUACAGAAAGGAUAUUACAAAGGUUGAAAUCUCACACGAAUAAGCAUGCAUUACAACGUGAUGUUACAGCGUUCAUAUCAGGAAUCGAAAGUAGACAAAACGAUGAACUUACUUCUGUGCCUCUACUUUUGAUAUAUACAAUUUGUUUAUGGUGUGACGGUGUUCAAAUAAGAAAUUCAAAAUGUGAACUCUAUAUAAAUAUAGUAGAGCUGCUCUUAUCAAGAACGAUUCAGAAGCAUGGAGAUCUUCAACAAUUGUGUGGCAUUUCUGAUAGUGACAUCCCAGAAUGCCUAGCUGAAUAUGAAAACUGUAGGAAAUAUUACUCACUCCUUAUGUGUUUGGGGAAAUUAGCUUAUACUACGUUAUUCAAUGAAACAAAAGAAAACACGCUAGUAUUUGAUGGAUCAGUUGCCAGAAAAUAUGUCACACCAGACGAGAUGUUGAAAUUCACCCUUCACUCAGGAAUGUUGUCAGAAAGUACAUCUAAAACAUUAACAAAAAGGUUUAGUAAAGUAUCAUUUUCCCACAAAACAGUUCAGGAAUUCUUUGCAGCAAUAUUUAUAAGUUCUGAAAAUGAGGCACAGAAAAUUGUUGUAGAAAAAUGUAGAAGCGUUCAAGACAUUCUAGACAUGUCAAAAAUUUGUGAAUUUAUAAGUAAAAUGAAUUCUGAUCGGAUAUGUGCAAUAUUAAAUGAUUUGAUGUCUGUGAUAAAUGAAGACGAGAAAACACGCGACUAUAGAACUAGGACAUGUCACGAGUACAUGUAUAAUAAUCCAUUGUAUGACAUACAGAAUAUGUUCAUGUCGUGUUUACAAGAAAUGCCUAAAAGUAAAAAUAUUAAAUUAUGUUUACAAGUUUUCUUCAUUAACCACGACACCGAGCACAGUGAGCAGUUAAAACGUUUGUUAAAUCAAAAUAAAACCAACAUAAAAUCACUUUAUAUAAACACCUACCAUACUUCCAGCAGUUUUCGUGAAAUUAUAGAUUUAUUCUCUCUCACAGAUCUCAGUUAUUUACAGUCACUUUACUAUCGUGGUGACAGGAAGAAGGAGGCUGAGAUUAACCGGAUAUUGUUUCCCAGUUUACAGUACGUUACUUUGUCGUGGGGUAGAUGGACAAAUAAUGAAGAUAAUCAGAGUGAAAAUAUGUCGCGAGUACAAAACUUACAAUAUUUAUAUAUUAGAGGCUUCGUGUUAUCUCACAAAAAACUGGAACCAUUUUUCAAUUUUAUCUCCGGUCACAAAUCAAUAAAAGAGUUAACAUUGAGGGGGUUAUACUGUAAAGAACAUGGCGACGAUGAUUGUACGAGAUGGACAUUGAACUUGUCUCAACAUUCAACUCUAUCAGAGUUACACUUGUCGAAGUUACCUGGGAGGCUACAAUUAAAUAUAUCAACACCGUCAUUAGUUAAUGUUAAGUUGAACUACAUCAAUAUAGAUGAAAGUUCAUUGUUACUGUCACAUGACAUGUUGAAUAUUGAAUAUGUGGAGUUGUCAAGUAUAGAAAUAUCUGCAGAAAGUUUACAGAACUUUAUCAACGUGCUUGUAAAUCUGCCGCAGUCAGUUACAGUAGGGAUGUGGGCCAUUAAACCAGAAACAGAAUAUAAACGUGUUAGAGGAAAUAUUCGGAGAUCACAAACAUUGCAUGUGAUACAAGACGGCUACUGGUGGGAGACAUUUGAGUUCAAAACAAUAAAACCAAGUAAAGAAUAAACAAAGGAAAAACAUUGUAAAAUAAACUGAAAAAAUGACUUCAAUAAUUUUAAAUAAAACUAAUUUAAAUAUGGAUACUUAACAAACAAAAUGGCGACUUCUUCUACGAUAUACAUGUACUUAUAGUUUGGUCAUUUAAUUUACAAACGAUUAUUUCUGUUUAAAGUUUAAUUAAGUGGCAGUAUAGAUAAAUAAAUAAAAACAUUUUAAGAGGAGAAAUAAUACAAGGAAGUUUUUUACCGGAACUUAAUGGAUAACUUGGAAUUAGGAUUUGGAAAUA